AAGCACCGUAAGCGAGCUCUGGUUCGCAGCGCCUCUCACGAAACCCUAAUUCCGGAAUGGCCUCGGUUGCUGCCAUCGCAAUGGUGAGCCUUCGCGGAGAAAAUCAAUGACGCGCAGUUCGGUGUCGAUUGCCGCAGAUUUUCACCCACAUUGGCAAGCAAUCUUUGCGUGGGUUCUUGUCAGUGAUCGCACCAACUGGAGCUGCCUGGCGUUGCAGGUUUUGGGAAGAUUGAUUGCGUCUCCCUGUGCUGAGGUAUAGUCGGGAUUGGGAGACGAGAGUGAAAAGCUCGAGCCACCGUCCGGAUUGGGUUUUUUUUGCAUUGCAGCCUUGGGCGAGCAAUCAUGGCGGAGGAAGACGAUAUGCCCCGCGAUGCUAAGACGGUGAAGACCAUCUUGGAAUCCAUGGGCGUGACGCGCUUUGAGCCGCGGGUCAUCAACCAAUUUCUGGAUUUGUGGUACCGCUACGUCGUGGACGUGCUUGGCGAUGCGCAGACGUACGCCGAGCAUGCGGGGAAGGCCGCCAUCGAUUGUGACGACGUGAAGCUGGCUAUCCAGUCGCGAGUGAAUUCCUCGUUUCAGCAGCCUCCUCCUCGGGAGUUGUUGGUGGACUUAGCGAAAGCCCGGAACAGUAUUCCUCUGCCGAAGAUCAUAGGCACGCACGGCAUUUCUCUUCCUCCUGAAGCAGAUACCCUAAUUUAUCCGAAUUACCAGCUGAACGUACCGACACGAACGACUUUUCGCGAUAUGGACGAUGACAUUGAAUGGGAAGACGAUGACGACAAGGAGGAUGGUGGAAAGGAGGUGGUCCAACCCACCCACUUACAGGAUAGUGGCCGAAAGGUGUCCUUCUCCAUUACGGGGAAAGAUUCUAAGCCGUAGCGGUGUGCUUUACUUCACAAGGCAUUUAUAGCUCUUGUAUGAAGAAAUUGCAGGAUAAAAAUGUCUGGAAUAGGAGUUGGCAACCAGCUCUCGAUGGCUCCGAUUUUAGCAUAGAUGAGCAGCUUUCUAGGACUGGUUGAAACUUGUAGAUAGCAACUAUCCAGCAGCUUUAUUUUGGGUGGGAUAUCUUCGGACAUAGUUAAGAGCUGGUGUAUAUUUUCAUUUUAGAACUAAGGCUCAUUCAGUGUGAUGUUGGAAGCGUUACUGGUAUUAUAAUACAAGCACAAUUAGUGCUUGUUCAUGUACUUUA